AUGUCCGAUCAAAAAACAGUAGCAGAUACUCUUCGAUUGGACACGGCGGACGAUAACAAGAAUGCAAACGGAGCAGCGAAUGACGAACUCAAAUUGGUUUUGAGAAAAAUCGUCAAUGCCAAAGGAGAACCACCGUUCGGAUUGAAAUUGAUUCCGGAGCACAUGAUUUUCAAAUAUAUGCUACCUGGGCCCGGUUUCGCUUCAUUCACUAUUGUCAAUACGAAGCCUGAUCGGCAAGCUUAUAAAGGUGGAGAGAAAGUUCAUGUCAGAGUCACUUUCCUCAAUCCGGAUCCCACGAAACUUCCGGACUUCAAAAAACACGUGGCCGUUUAUCAUGUGUCUGCUGGUAAUGCAAAGACCUACGACGAGGCGUUCUCUAAGAAGGUGGAUGGUGUUUACCACUACUUUUGUACCCAUGUACCUGAAAAGAUGGGAGAACUGCCUGAUGAGCCAGAAGAAGAAGCAAAGUGA